AUGAAGCAUGACAUGUUGGAAAAACUUGCUGAAACAAUGUACAGUUUUAAGGCCUAUCCUGACGAUAAUGACUUCAGCAGUGUUGCAAAAGCACUAAUCAGCAAACACCCAUGCCUCACUGAGCCUGGUCCUCAGCCUGGAUGGUACAGGUGGAAGAACAGCCUUAAGUUUAAGAUGGCAAACUAUUGCUCCAAGCUUCGAAAAGCUGGAUGUGAGGAUUUUGCAGUCAAUGGUAGUAAAAGAAGCAGAGCCAAUCCAGAGGGAGAGGCAUUUAGUAAGAAUAUCAAAUGGCCAAGAAGAGGUGAAGCUAAUUAUCUGCCUAAUUUGCCUGAAGGCCAUGAAAAAAGCCUUGAAGAUGACAGAAAUAUGCUCGUAGAGGAGAUGAAGAUAAAACAACCAAAUGGGUCUCUCAUCUCAAAAUUAAUGGAUCUAACAUUCCCAUUGCGCCGACGGGAGAUAGUGCGAAACGAGGCUGCUGUCCAGGACAUGGCUGAACGUUGGCCAGCACUUUUUAUGGAGAGACAGGUAUUUGCUGAGUUUAACAGAAUUGCCAGUAAGAAUCUUGAAGGAGAUUUCUUUGAGGCUCUGGACCAAUACACACCAAGCUUCAUCCAGCUGUUCAGUUGCAAAAAAGGAACUGUUGGAAAGAAACUGACAGAAAUGAAGCAGCAAAUUGACUUGAUGACACCAGAUGUGACUGCACGGCGUACAGUUGUCCUCAAAGGCCUUCCCAUUGUACUAGGCGAUAACUCCAGUGACUUCUACGUGUCAUGCUUCGACACCACAAAAGAAGAAGCCUUCGCCUCUCUGACAGUUGGUGUCUUGACUGUUCUGAGUGAAGAUGGCCCAAGUUCUCUGCCCAUAUCCACAGCCAUUGUUCUUGAGGGAGGUAUUGCCAUGGAUAAUAUCAAGAACUUUCCUCAGGCAGUUUGCCUGUUGUUUGGGCUGAUGUAUGCAUUACACUUGGACUAUCCAAAAUGCAUGGCAAACACUCUGAAAUUCAUCCAAAUGGUCAUGCUGGGUCUGCGAGGCAAAAGCCUCCCACCAAAACUGUUAACACUUAAGAACAGUCUGUUGGUAAACUAGCCGUAGACUCCUUUGUUCUGCAAGUUGCACAUUUCUCUAAUAAUUGUUC